AUGCAGGCACCAAUGCAAGCCCCCGGUGCUACUGGUGCCGACGGCGUCGGUUUUGGCAGGCAUGCUGAGAUGACCUACAUCGAGCUAUGGGAGAAAGAACCCAAGUAUUGCCAGUGGGUUAUCAAGGCUGUACAGGACCAAGAGCCGGGUACGCCAGGAGAGGAGCCAAGUCCGAUGGAACGGUUGGGAAACUGGCUAAGGGAGAAAGAAGCACAAGCCGAAAGCACCGGACCGGCUUACGAGUACAACGAGGAAAUGCAGCUGGUCGAGGUGCCGGGAAGCCGCUCGUUGAAAGAACGAGCCGGCGUCACCGUCAAGUUCUACGGCGUGGCUGCUCCCGAAAAGCGCAUCUGUACGAGCUGGGAAGAGUGCAAGCCGUAUGUGCUCGGCGUCAAGGGAGUGAUGUACCGCAGCUUCGCUACACGCGAAGAGGCUGAAGCGUACGUGAAUAAUCCGCCGGCCCGGACCGUGAAGCAACCCAAGCAGUCCCAGAAAAAGUCCGCAAAGACUUCUGAUGGCUCCGAAGACAAGGGUGAGACUGUGGGGACUGCCAAGAAAAGCAGAAAAGUCAAGAAGCCCAGCAAGGACACGGCUGAGAAGCUUGCAGAUGAAAUGGACGAGGACACAAAGGUAGAAGCAAAGAUCCCAAAGGGAAAGGCGAGAAAGGGAACGAAGAAGACCCAGUCCGACAAUGCGGAGCCAGCUGAGCCAGCCCGUAAGCGCAAGCGGAACGAGAAGGGCGAAGAUGCUGCAAAGGGAGCUGCUCCGAAGAAGUCCAUGCUGGCUAAAGCGAAAGCAAAGGCUAAAGCCAAAGCUAAAGCGCAAGCGAAGGCCAAAGCAGUCGCCAAGGCCAAGGCACGCGCCGCGACACAAGCGAAAGCCAAAGCCAAGCCACCAGCGGCCACCGUGGAGGAGAAGUCACCCAAGGAAGCAGACAAGCCUUCUUCGCUUCCGGAAGUGAGUCCAGAGGUGCUUAAACUGGCGGAAGAAGUUGGAAUGUCGACAGCGCUUCGCAAUCUUCGCCUACGCCCCGAGAUCGCUGCUCUCAACGUGGAUGCACAGAUCCUCUUGCAUACUCUGCGUGAGUGCGAUGGCCUCGUCAACAAGGCCAAGUGCCGCAUUCUGGAGAUCGGUGCGGGUGGCCCGUCAACUCCGCCCAAAAGCCAGAGGACGGAGGAGCCGAUCACGCCAGAGAAGAGCGAGGCUCCGCCAGUCGCCGAUGCAGCGCCGAUGAAGGUAGAGGUCGAGCAAAAGAGCUUGGUGCAGUUGUCCACCCAGGACGGCCUGAAGGUCACUAAGCCGACCGUGGACGACAAUAACCAGGAAGCGCAAGCUGUCGUUCAAGCGGCACCAGCCUGUCCCAACUGUGGCAAGGUUUAUGAUGCACAUGACACGAGCUUCUGUCGGGGCUGCGGCCUAGCCCGAGACAUGAGUGAGAUCCCGGAUGCUUCCUCUACCGAGGUGCAAGACCCGACGACCCUUUCGCCGGAGGAGGCGAUGAAGGAGCGUAUCAAGGCGAACCGCGAGCGAGCCUUGGCCCGGAAAAGGCAGCUGCAGCAGGGUGCCGCAGAGCGCAACUGGUGA